CAACCUUUUACUAAAUUGUUUUUUCCUAUUUGUAAAAAAAUAUUGAACGCAGUGAAAAACUUUAUUAAUAUAUAUUAAACUUAAAUUAAUAAGGCUUAAAGACGCCACAAAUGUCAGAAUCCUCUCAUAUGGAAGCACCUCCUUCGGUGCGUCUAACAAAUGAUGAUUUUCGUAAACUCCUGGCGACUCCCAGAGCACCUGCGUCUGGCUCAGCCACCUCGUUAGCAACAGCAACUUUUGCCACUCCAGGAACACCAGCCUCUGCGGAAAAAAAGAAAACACCAAAUGCUGCUGCUGGUAGCAGUAGUGAACGUGGUGAUUUAAGGCGUAAAAAGAAAAAUUUCUAUGCAGCCCUCAAAAAACAAGAGGACAAUAAGCUGCAAGAGUUGUCGGAAAAGUACAGAGAUCGUGCCCGCGAAAGAAGAGAUGGUGCCAAUCCAGAUUAUCAAAAUGUCAGCACUCCGGGACAUGGCAAUACAAAUGCCUAUCGAGCUGUUGCCCCCGACAUGAAGUCGGGCAUUGACGCUGCCGAACGAAGAAGACGUAUUAUACAGGAAUCUAAGUUUUUGGGUGGUGAUAUGGAGCAUACUCAUUUAGUAAAGGGUUUGGAUUAUGCCCUCUUGCAGAAAGUACGUUCAGAGUUGACGGUAAAAGAACUGGAAGAACGUGAAAUGGCUGCCGCUGCAGCGGCUUCUGAAAAAAUGGCUGAAGCACAAGCAGCGGCUGAAAGAUUGGAACAAGAACGCAAGGAGGCAGAAGAUAGUAUGGCUAUAAAAGGUUCAAUGGCACGUAACAUAUUCAAUAUUAUACAAGCCAGACGUUCCAAAGAAAUACAACGUAUUGAACUAUUUGCUCCUGGUAGAAUGGCGUAUGUUAUUGACUUGGAAGAUGAUACUGGGGAGACGGAUAUACCCACUACCCUAAUACGUUCAAAAUACGAGGUUCCUUUAAAUAGAGAAGAUGCCGCCACACUAACAACCAAUGACAUUGUUAUCAAUAAAUUAUCACAAAUAUUGUCAUAUUUAAGAGCCGGUGGUCGUAAUAAGAAAAAUAAGAAACGUGAUAAGGAUAAACCUUUAUUCCAUGAACGUGACAUAGAUCAGUUGCAUUCUUCGACAAUGUCUUCUUCAAAAUCUGUGGCUAAACCAGCCACUGGUGACUCCAUUUAUGAUGAUAUUGGUGAUUACCAACCUCCUAGUAAAAAUGAUUCAAAAUCAAAAUCAGAUAAAUAUGGUCAUUCGUCCUCAUCAGCAUCUUCGUCCGCCAAACCUUCAGCUUCCUAUUUUGGCGAUACCAACAAGCAAUCGGAAGAGGCUGAACCCAUCAUAACUAGUAUACCACCUCCACCAAAAAUUAAUAAAUCUAUUGUGUCACGUUUCGCCAAUGAACCCGAAGGCUAUGCUGAAUGUUAUCCUGGCCUUGAGGAAAUGAACGAUGCCAUUGAUGAUUCCGAUGAUGAGGUGGACUAUACAAAAAUGGAUUUGGGUAAUAAGAAGGGUCCCAUUGGACGUUGGGAUUUCGAUACCCAAGAAGAAUACUCAGAUUAUAUGAGUACUAAAGAAGCUUUGCCAAAAGCUGCCUUUCAAUAUGGUGUUAAAAUGCAGGACGGUCGUAAAACGCGUAAAAAUAAAACCGAAAAAAGUGAAAAAGCCGAAUUGGAUAGAGAAUGGCAAAAAAUUCAGGGCAUUAUCCAAAAACGUAAAUCUAAAACUUCAUCCGAUGAACCCGAUUACAAACAGGCUAAAUAUUAAUUUUAUUUUCAUAACAUUAACUCUAAUUUCAAUUAAGUUCAUCAUCAUAAUAAUCAUCUUCAAGAAAUUCUUCAUCAUUAACACUUCCCAAAAAAGAAAUUCAAAGUGAGUAUAUCAUUCA